UGUCCCAAAUUGAAAAUAAUCCACAUUCCACACCACACCAUCAAUUAAUAACAAAUUUAAUAUUACAGUAAAUUAUAUUUUCCCGAAUGUAUUGAUAUGUUAUUGAGGUUGCGGAUUUAAAGAAUUGUAAAUAUGGAGUUUAUCAGGCGUAGUUUAAUUCACUGUAAACGGCGUACUCACAGUAUUGGUACCAAUAGUUGGAGGUGUAACUACAGUGUAAAAAAAGAAAAAGUACCGUUAGCAGAAGGGCCAUUUCCUCGUCGCGUGGUAACGGGUCUGCAGCCGACGGGCGCGCUUCACAUCGGGAACUACUUCGGGGUGUUGCGGCGCUGUGUGCAGCUUCAGGAUCAGGGGGACGACCUCAUGCUCUUCAUCGCAGACUUGCACGCGCUCACCACCUAUCAGGAUCCGUCGGCGCUGCAGGACAACAUCCUGGACGUGGCGGCGAGCGCGCUGGCGGCGGGCGUGGACCCGGCGCGCAGCGUGCUGUUCGUGCAGUCGGCUGUGCCGCGUCACGCCGAGCUGUGCUGGCUGCUGGCCUGUCUGGCCUCGCACGCCCGCCUCGCGCAUCUGCCCCAGUACAAGGAGCGCGCUCAGAACAAUAAAGAGGUGGGCGUGGGGCUGCUGCUGUACCCGGUGCUGCAAGCGGCCGACGUGCUGCUGUACCGCGCGGCGCGCGUGCCGGUGGGCGCCGACCAGCUGCAGCAUCUGCAGCUGUGCGCGCAGCUCGUCAAGACCUUCCACCACCGCUACGGCCGGCUAUUCCCGGUGCCGCAACCGCUGUUGCCCGAGGAUGGUUGUGAUCGGUUAAGAAGCUUGAGAGAUCCAUCGAAGAAAAUGUCCAAAUCCGACCCGGACCCGAAGUCGCGGAUACUGCUGACGGACUCUGAUGAAGUCAUCACUCUCAAAGUCAGAAAAGCUGUCACAGAUUGCAAUCCGAAGGUGACGUUCGAGCCGGAGUCGCGGCCGGGCGUGGCCAACCUCGUGCUGCUGCACUGUCUGGCCUGCGACCUGCUGCCCGAGGAGGCUGUGGAGGAGGCCGACGGGCUCACCACCGCGCAGUACAAGGCGGUGGUGGCGCGCGCGCUAUGCGCGCGGUUGGGCCCAAUGCGUGCGCGCGCGCUGGAGCUGCGCGCGCAGCCGCGGCUGCUGCGCGACGUGCUGCGCGCGGGCGCGACGCGCGCGCGCGCCCGCGCUGACGUCACACUGCACGACGUGCACGCGGCGCUGGGGCUCGCGCCCGGCUCCGCCGACCGCACGCUGCGAGCCGCUAAUGAAUAGACUUCUCACUAGUUUUAUUUCAUUUCAUACAAAUUGUUCUUUGUCAUUCUUCACAUCACCCGGGAGAGACUUAACGAGAUUCUUGCUUAAUCUGAAUUUCUAUUAUUACUUUGUCUACAUCAUGUUAUUUCUUUCCGUUUUCAUAAUCUACUUAUAUUAAUGAUGAUGAGAACUUAGACACUGUAAACUAAAAAUAGUACUUAUAAAAUACCAUUUCUGGAAAAAUUUUAAACAUAAUUCACAUAUGUAUAGCACAGUUGUAGCAUAGUAGUACGUAUCGUUGUACAUUUGAUUAACUCUAUCUAAAGCGACGAUUUUAAGCCAUACUAAUAAAAGUAAGCACAAGUAAUCUGGUCGUGAAUGUGUCUCAGAGCCGAUGGUGGUGGUGCAUGGCGAGGUGGUCGGGGGCCGGCGGCGGAGGGGGCGGCAGCACGCGCUCCUUCACCACCGACACUAGUUCCCGAAGCAGCUCCACCGCCUGCGAACACAUGACAUUGGAUGAAUACGAUCUGCUCAAUAGACAUGUAUAUGAUAAAGAGCGGUGUGACGAAUGCGCGACCUGCGUGACGGCCUCGGCCUGCUUCUCGGCGGCCAGCGCCUGGCGCAUGGCGGCCUCGGCCAGCAGCUCCGCGCCGCCCAGCGCCGAGCCCGCGCCCGACGUCUCCGACUCCAGCUCCUCCUCCAGCGGCUUGCGCUCCUCGUCCGACUGGCUGCCGCGGCCCGCGCCCGCGCCCGCUAUUGGACAUCAUCGCUACUUUGUUCAUUGUUUACAUUUCACUCAAAUAUACGAAAACUAAAAGAUA